GAAAAAAAAAAAAGAAAAAGAAAAGAAAUGGAAAGGACAAGAUAAGGAAAACAUAAAAAAAUGUAGACAUGUUUCAGUUUUUGAGAGACGAGACGAGAGGAGCUGAAGCUUCGUUUUUUUUUUCCCUUUCUUCUGAACCAAAAAAAAAAAAAAAAAAUUAAUGAACUUGGUAUUCUGCUGCCGAGAACUGGAAGCAAAAGUGAGGUUGUGGUGUUGAUUUGAAAGCGAAAGAGUAGUGUCAAGUGUGAAAGUAAGUAGGAUGGCCCGGGAUUACAACAAUGGAUCGCCAAAGCAUCACCAUCUCGAGUCAAGGAGGAAGCGGCUCACUUGGAUUUUAGGAGUUAGUGGGCUUUGCAUUUUGUCUUACGUUUUGGGAUCCUGGCAGAAUAACAAGUCUCCAACACCUCCAUCACAGACUUACAAUAGGAUUGGUUGUGAUGAGGCUGAUAGCCGUGUCGGAUCAUCAUCAUCAUCAUCCUCGGCCAAAUUGGACUUCGAAAGCCAUCAUACCGUCAACAUCAGCCAAUCGGAGGGAAUCAGAAAGUUGCCGCCUUGCGACAUGUCGCUGAGCGAGUACACGCCCUGCCAACACCCUCCGAGGGGGAGGAAGUUCGACCGCAACAUGCUCAUGUACAGAGAGCGGCAUUGCCCUGCCAAGGAGGAACUCCUGCUUUGCCUCAUACCUGCUCCCCCAAAGUACAAAACACCUUUCAAGUGGCCUCAGAGCAGAGAUUUUGCUUGGUACGACAACAUUCCUCACAAAGAGCUCAGCAUUGAAAAGGCUAUUCAGAAUUGGAUUCAAGUGGAGGGCGACAGGUUCAGAUUCCCCGGGGGAGGCACCAUGUUCCCUCGCGGCGCAGACGCCUAUAUCGACGACAUUAAUGAGCUCAUCCCCCUUACGACCGGAGCUAUCCGAACCGCCAUUGACACGGGCUGUGGUGUAGCGAGUUGGGGAGCUUAUUUGUUGAAGAGGAACAUUCUAACAAUGUCAUUUGCACCAAGAGACACCCACGAAGCACAAGUCCAGUUUGCAUUGGAAAGAGGAGUUCCUGCAAUGAUUGGCAUCAUGGCUUCCCAGAGGAUUCCUUACCCAGCGAGGGCUUUCGAUAUGGCUCACUGUUCCCGCUGCUUGAUACCUUGGUCUCAGUAUGAUGGUCUUUAUCUUAUUGAGGUGGACAGAGUUCUAAGGCCAGGUGGUUAUUGGAUUCUUUCCGGACCCCCAAUCCACUGGAAAAAGUACUGGAGAGGGUGGGAAAGAACCCAGAAAGACCUUAAACAAGAGCAAGAUGCCAUUGAGGAUGUUGCUAAGCGGCUUUGCUGGAACAAAGUGGUUGAGAAAGACGACCUUUCAAUCUGGCAAAAGCCCAUCAACCACCUUGAGUGCGUCAAGAGUAGGAAGAUUUACAAAACCCCGCACAUAUGCAAGUCCGACAACCCUGAUGCCGCUUGGUACAAAGAUAUGGAAACUUGCACCACCCCACUGCCAGAGGUAAGCAGUCCUGAUGAAGUGGCGGGUGGGGAGCUGGAGAAGUGGCCGGAGCGUGCAUUUUCCAUUCCUCCUAGAAUCACCAGUGGUUCAAUACCAGGCGUGACUCCUGAGAAAUUCCGGGAGGACGAUCAAGUGUGGAAAGAGAGACUGACACAUUACAAGCGGAUUAUACCUCUGCAACAAGGAAGGUACAGGAACAUCAUGGACAUGAAUGCUCAUCUCGGAGGAUUUGCAGCGGCAUUGUCAAAGUAUCCGGUGUGGGUUAUGAAUGUGGUGCCUGCGAAUUCGGAUCAGGAUACCCUUGGUGUGAUCUACGAGCGUGGUUUUAUCGGGACGUACCAGGACUGGUGCGAGGCAUUCUCUACGUAUCCAAGAACCUAUGACCUCAUUCAUGCUGGUGGGGUUUUCAGUAUAUACCAGGACAGGUGCGACAUCACACACAUUCUGGUGGAGAUGGACAGAAUUCUGAGGCCAGAAGGGACGGUUAUAUUCAGGGAUACAGUAGAGAUUCUGGUGAAGAUACAGAGCAUUGCAAAGGAGAUGAGAUGGAAGAGCCAAAUAAUGGACCAUGAGAGUGGGCCCUUUAAUCAAGAGAAAAUUCUUGUUGCAGUCAAAACCUACUGGGCUGCUCACAAACAGCACUAGAGCCGAGACUGCCGCAAAUUACAAUUGGUGCAAUUUGUAUAUUAGUAUUGUUUCCUUUUCACAAAGGUCAGUUUUGUCCAAUGCGAAUGUGGAAUGGUUUUUCCUGCUACGUUCGUUUUUGUCAUCGGAUCAGAUUGUUGCCGGUAAUUAAUACUACUGGCUAUGGCUCAUCUAAUUUUCGAAGGGGAUAUAUAUUGAACAGUAUUACGGGUGGUCA